AUGCACACAGCUAUCUUCCCAGUGAGUCAGCAAAGUGACUGUCCAUUCUUGAAGCUAGAAAAGGAGCAGGACUCUAUAGAAACCACUACUGGAUACCAUCCUGAUGGCCCGCAACGAACGGCACUCCAGAAGGACUGCAGCAGUGCUCCCGUUGUUAGCAGCAGUGUUGUCUUUUGUGAUGGCACCGGUCAAGGAAAAGUGCCACUGGUGCUUCUUGAGCGGUUCGUCACCAACGACGCGGAAAAACCUGACGGAACUAUUCCAUCACAGGAAGAGCACCCCUUCCUGCCUGCUCAGCCAGAAUGGUCUGUGGCAGACCAACAGUCCACUGAACACACCGGAUCUGGUGUCACUGGGGUACGUGCAUCCGGACCUUUGCAUCCUCAACAGCAGCAGGCGUUGCCCCAAAACACACACUCGUCGAACCGGAAGCAGUUCCGGUGCCCUAUGUGCCGCAAGACAUUCAAGUGGAAAGCCAACUUGCAAGGGCACAUUCGAGUGCAUACAGGAGAAAAGCCUUUCCAGUGCCCCUACUGCAGUCGCAGCUUCUCCGACAGAAGCAACGCAAAGAGGCACAUGCUGACUCACAUAAGCCCGGCUAUAUGA